AUGUCAGGAUCACAGCGUCAUGCCAAUACUGCCACCAGAACCUCAAUGCGCCCACCACCGAGACCGCAUGUGCCGCAGUAUCCUUCGAUAACGGGUCGAGCUCCUUCCCCCGCAGAGUCCCUAUCCUCGAGCGGUGCUUCUAACGCGGGAACUAAGAGAAAAGAGAGGGAUUUUGACCAAGACCAUGGCGAGGAGACGAACAUCCAUGUCGUCGUACGAUGUCGGGGUCGAAGCGCCAGGGAAGUUCGAGAAAAUAGCGGCGUGGUGGUAUCAACAAGCGGAGUCAGAGGGAAAACGGUUGAACUGUCGAUGGGCCCUAAUGCAAUCAGCAAUAAGACCUACUACUUCGACAAGGUGUUCUCUCCAGCGGCGGAUCAGGCCAUUAUCUUCGACGACGUCGUGGCGCCCAUAUUGAACGAAAUGCUGACAGGUUACAACUGUACAAUAUUCGCCUAUGGCCAAACGGGCACGGGGAAAACAUACACCAUGUCGGGCGACAUGACAGACACCCUUGGACUUUUAUCUGAUGCAGCCGGCAUCAUCCCUCGGGUACUGUACUCGCUGUUCCAAAAGUUGGAAGCAGAUGAGGUGGAGUGUUCAGUGAAAUGCUCAUUCAUUGAGCUAUACAAUGAGGAAUUGAGAGAUUUGCUGUCGCCCGACGAUUCCGUCAAGCUGAAGAUCUUCGAUGACGCGAGCAGGAAGAGCCAUUCCGCCACGGUGGUCCAAGGCAUGGAGGAGUCGCACAUUAAGAAUGCAGCAGCGGGCAUCAAACUAUUGCGCGAAGGCAGCCAUAGGCGUCAAGUUGCAGCCACCAAGUGCAAUGACCUCAGUUCUCGAAGCCAUACGGUCUUCACCAUUACCACAUAUGUGAAGAAACCCAACACAACAGGCGAAGACUAUAUCUGUUCCGGAAAACUUAACCUUGUUGAUCUCGCUGGCAGUGAGAACAUUCAAAGAAGUGGCGCGGAGAACAAAAGAGCCGCGGAAGCUGGACUCAUCAACAAGAGCUUGUUGACACUGGGAAGAGUCAUCAAUGCUCUGGUGGACAAAAGCUCACAUAUUCCAUACCGAGAGUCGAAACUGACAAGGCUGCUACAAGACUCACUGGGUGGAAGAACGAAGACUUGUAUCAUUGCCACAGUGUCACCAGCGAAAAGCAAUCUCGAGGAGACCAUUUCGACCCUGGACUACGCUUUCCGUGCGAAGAAUAUCCGAAAUAAACCGCAGGUCAAUUCAAUGAUAUCCAAGAAAACUUUGCUGAAAGAAUUCACCGCCGAAAUCGAAAAGCUCAAGAGCGAAUUGAUCGCCACAAGACAACGUAACGGCGUUUAUCUCACCAACGAGCAGUAUGAGGAAAUCACGGUCGAGAGUGAGUCCAGAAGGAUACUGAGCGAAGAGCAGAAGGCGCGGAUCGAAACGAUGGAAGUCAGUUUGCGCAACAAAGUUCAGGAGCUGUUCAGCUUGACCAACAACUUUACGACGCUGAAGCGAGACAAUGAAGGCACUCGUGCAACCCUGGAGAGCACAAAAGAUGUGCUUGAAAAGACCGAAACUGUUCUCGCCGACACAGAAAGGUUGCUCGCGGAGGAGACUGCUCUUCGCGAAGCACAUGAAGUCACCGAGGAGAAGUUAUUCGGCAUUGGGACAGAGCUAGUCUCGACUGUUGGCAACUCCUUGAAGGAUAUCGAUGGUCUGCAAGCCAAGCUUAGGCGACGGUCUGUCCUUCAUACACAGAACCGCGAGUCGUGGAAUUCUUCUGUCAACCGGGCCAUGAAUAUCUGUGGACUGGUUGACGAGCGCAUCGGACGCUUCCAAGCAGCCCACGCCGAAGCCGUCGCUGCAAGCUCUUGCCGUAUUGAAUCAUUGAUAAAGGCCGAGAUGGCUCGCAUGGAGACUACUGCCCGACUAUCUCAGGAGAAGUCCUCCGAGCUGGCUGAGGAUUGUGCUGCUGUUGAGAACCAGUCUGUUCAGGCCAGAGAUUCUAUGAACAAUGUCCUCGAGGAGAUCAAAGAUCUACGUGAGAAUGUCAAGGACAACCUCAGUGAGGGCCUUCAAGGUCUAUCCCAGGCAGCUGCGAAGAUAUCUGCGGAGGUGAUCUCGGAGCUUGAGCAGUUUCAUACCCAGUUGCAUUCAUCUUACAGCGGGCUCGGAAAAGACUUCAAAGCGAUGUUUGAUGACCUUAGCAAGCAAUUAACUGUGCAGCGAGAGGAAAUUGAAGCCUUGUCAUCGGCCCUCCAAGCGGCGAGUCGUACAAACAUCGAGGCAUCACUUUCAGCUUCCACCCAGCUCGAAGCCAUCAGAGACGAGGAGAGAAAGGCCGCCGAAGAGGAGAAAGAGAAGCUCAAGGAGCAGAUCUUGAAGCUGAUUGACUCGUCACAUCAGCAACAGGAUCAGAGACUGUCCAGGAGACUGAAUAAUGUUCAGUCUCACCUCGUUGAGGCGACAGAGCGGUUCGAAAGUGCUGAUAAGUCUUAUCGCGAUGGAUUGGACACGUGGACUGCUCAUGGCAACGAACUGAUGACGCUGGUGGUCACGUCAAAGGACGAAUUGAAGACUAAGAUGAAAGCUGACUGGACGGCAGUCAGUGCGCGCAACUCAGCCAUUCAAAAGUCCACCAAAGCCGUCCACGAGGAAACAGUCAAAAUUGUCGACGCUCAGCUGACGCAAAUGCCAACUCAAAUGGGAGCUCUAGACGAAUUUGUGACACGAGCUCGGCUGCAGAACGACAGCCAUCAUGCUGAACGCUUACAGUUCUUGGGAAGAGCAGUAUCUCAUGCUCAAGACGGCUUUAGCAGUCUUGAGAAGGCGUCGAAGCAAAGCGUUGAAAGAUUUGGAGCCUUUGCAGGAGAACAGGAGCCUCACCGAGCAGAAAUUGACAGACUCGUUGGAUCUUUGGAGCAAGAAACCAGGCAUCCUCUCCAGGAAAUGAAGGCAGAACUCUCAGAAGCGACUUUGACCGAGUACAUUCCAACUGGAGAGACGCCGCAAAAGAGGGAUUGGAGUUAUCCGACACACCUGCCACGAACCGAAAGCCACGAAUCCAUCAUUGCCAGGCUGAGAGGCUUACCUGAUCCUGCUCUUCUCACUAAGACGCCUUUAUCAGUAAAGACACCUGGCCGUUCGCCUAGGAAGCAAGCUUCGCCGCGUAAAGGGCCUACAUCGCCUUCGAAGCUGCCAAGUCCAAGCAAGACCAAGAUCUUCACCGACAUUGAGGAUCCCACGACGCAGGCAUCUACGAUAUCGCUUUCGCAGACACAAAGCACCACAAGUGGAUUACCUCUCACUGAGCCAAAAUCUGGGUUGAAGGAGGUCGACAUCAAUCUUAUUAACGGCAAUAGACCGAUAGUGUCAUCAACAACAUCCAUGACAUCGUCCGGCAAUGACGAGAAACCUGUACUGCUGGACUUCAGUAAGAGCGUUGGCAGUGGAAGUCAACAACCGCCUCUCAAGCGGCACGCGACGACUAAUGCGAUUGUCGAGAGCAGACUACCUACCGCGAAGCCGAGCAGGGUGACAAGAAGCACAAUAGCUGGGUUAGCAGGGAUGGGAAUCGGUGGCGUGGAGAAUUUCAGCCAGAGUGUCGGACAAUUGGGCGGGGGUCGGAGGCUGAGAAGCAGUCCGCCUGGCUAG